UGCAGCAUAACAAGCUCGUAAGUGGACUCGUCAACAUGUCUUUGAUUUGGAAUUAUUUCAAAGUGUCUCCAGACAUUAAAUUUGCCAUUUGCAAUGACUGUAAAGCGGAGGUUAUGCGAGGAGGAACAUCUUCCUUCAAUACUACAAAUUUAAUCUCCCACCUCAGGAGGAUACACGCAACGUUUGUGCAGCAAAACGAUGAAAAUAAGCAACAGGCGAGACCAAAAAAAAAAAAAAAAACACCCAAUUGACCUUUAACGAGUUAAACGAGAUAAAAAACAAAAAUACAACAAGGACCACCCCAGAGCGAAAGCCAUCAAUCAGAAAAUCAUGGAGUGUAUAGCACUGGAUAACCAGCCGUUUUCGAUCGUGCAAGACACCGGAUUCACCAAACUUGUGGAGUAUCUCGAGCCAUGCUUUGCCAUGCCUGGUCGUAAGUAUUUCACAGACAUCUGCUUGCCCGAGUUGUACAAUAUGGUGCACAGUCACGUCGAGAAGCUAAUUUCAGAUGCUGUGUCCAUAAGCUUCACAACAGAUAUCUGGUCUUCAAGCGUUAGUCAGGUUAGCAUGCUGAGUUUGACUGCACAAUGGCUGGAUGAGGACUUUGUGCUGAAAAAGGCUGUGCUUCUUUCCCAAGAGUGCCAUGGCUCUCAUACAGCAGUAGCGAUCUCAGCUGCUUUUGAAGGGAUGUUUGAGGCGUGGAAAAUCCCCAAGGCAAAAGUACAUACUGUGGGGAGGAAAGUGGUAGGACACUUCAAGCACUCAUCGCAAGCUUACAGUCGUUUGGAAGACAUACAAAAGGAACUCAACAUGCCUGUUAAAAAGCUGCAACAAGAUGUCACCACCAGGUGGAAUUCCUCCUAUUAUAUGAUGCAGAGUCUGGUGGAGCAGAAGAGGGCUUUAAGUGCAUAUGCUGCCGAUUAUGAACUCCUUGCAACAUUAACAGCAACUCAGUGCGGAAUUCUAGAGAAGAUGAUCACCCUACUGGAAUCCUUUGAACAGCUAACCAGGGACAUCAGCUCCUCCGCUGCCACUGCUGCAGAUGGCAUCCCUGGUGUGGUGUCCCUGACACGGCUGCUUACCAAGAGUGAUGAAGAACAGGACAAAGGGGUGAGAACAGCUAAACGCACUCUACUGGAAGCUGUCAGCGAUCGCUUCAGUUGUGUGCAAGGAGUAACCUCUUUAUGCCAUUGCAAUCAUAGUUGAUGCUCAUUACAAAGAUUGUUAUUUUGACGUGGACAAGAAGGAGGGAGCACGCAACAUGCUUCUGAAAGCUGUGGAAGAAAUGGCCAGUGGCAGUGAUGAUCAGCAAGGAGAGGCUGCUAGUGCCAGUGCAGAUGACCGGGUCCAGGAGGAUAAGGACCCCCCACAUAAGAAGGCCCAAACUGGAAGCCCGAAACUGCAGGACAUGUACCAAGAAAUCCGCGAGGAGAAUGAACUCAGCGAACAAGCAGCUACAGGGGAGACGGCAUCACAGAUGCAUGCAUACCUGGGAGAAGCCACCAUUUUCAAGGAGUGCCCUUUCAACUACUGGAGAUCCAACCAGGCCCGCUUCCCUGCUAUUUCCCGUGUAGCACACAAGUACCUAACUGCACCCUGCAGCAGUGUUGACAAUGAACGGCUCUUCAGUGCUGUCGCCCAUGUCAUAGACGAGAAGCGGAAUCGAAUACAUUGCGAUAAUGCUGAAAUGCUGAUUUUCAUCCAGAAAAAUCUACCUCUCACUCACAAGGACAAGUGAAAAAUAGGACAGGGACACUGUCAUAUAGCCCAGUCAACAUCAGUCUUUCUUUCACUUUAAUUUGUUGCACUUUAAAAGAGGGCUAUGUUUUGUUUACUGGACUCUAAACUGUCACUGUUUAUGUUUUGUGACGUUUUUGUUUUCACUUGCACAUUUGGUUACUUGAAAGAGUAGGGCUGAUUGAGCCAAGGUUGUUACUUUAGUGUUAACCAAAUUAUGGCCACUGGCCAGUUAUAGACCUCAGUUAGAGCAGGGCUUGAGCCCAGUUUAUUUUAAGAUUGUGUGACCCCAAGUAGGCUAAUGACUGGCCCUGCUUAAAUGUGUCCUGGAGCCUCCAGCACACAUUUUCUUUUUUUACUUGUUUCAGUUGUUUGCAUUUUACCUCACAGUUGUAUAGGUAUAAUGUUUGCAUUUUGUGAAGAAGUACAAAUUUGCCCUAUGUAGUGGCCAUUUGUCAGGAUUAUCUCAGGGAGAAUGUGAUCCAAGCUGCUGUUGGAGAAAAUAAAUAUGGCACUUUUUUCCAUAGCCUAACUUAAAUUGAAGUAGUUGUCAUAUUUUGCACAGAUAAUGUUUAAAGUUUAUUGUCAAAAGUAUGCAUGAUAUUGGUAUCGGUUGAUAUCGGUAUCGGAAAUUGUUGGACAAUAUCGGUGUAUCGGAUAUUGGUAAAAAAAAAAAAAGCCAAUAUCGAACAUCCCUAGUUUUGAGUUAAUCUGACUAAAAUUUAUGCAGCCAAUUUUGCCUAUUAGUUUAAGGCCAAUAAACAACACCAUCAUUGUGCACAUAACAUAUUAUAUUCAGGCUAAAUGGGUGGAGUUUUACAGCAUGCCGUGAGACAAUGUGUUUAAGGCCAUACGCAGAAAAAAACUCACAUUACCCAUGACACAGUGAUAAAUGUUUAUGUAUUUCACAAUGGUUCAAAUGGGUUACGGUUAAUGUUUUGGUAAAAAGCAUUUUACACCAUGACUUAAGUCGUAUACACAGUUAGUGAGCUCCUGCCUGUGUGGCUAGUAGGUUGUCUAGUACAAAGUUAUGCUGAGGUGAAAUAAAAAGCAUUUCCUGGUUCAAAAUUCAUCUCUUUGCCUCAUUCUAGAAACCUAUGCUUGUCACCGUAUAUUUUCAUAGUUCAAUGAAAUUAAAAGGGUUGUUGAAAGAUGUGUAUUGAAUGUGUUUAUCUUCAUAUGACAUAGAAUUAAAUGCUCAAUAAACAACAAAAAAGGUUAUGUUAAACUGACACAAAAUUGCUGUUAGGCAAGGCUCAUGAGACACAUUCAUUUUGUGUCUGGUGUACUGAAAACCUUUGUUACUGUACUGUCCUAAACUAAAAGUUCUAAGUACAAGCUGUUUCCAAAAAGUUUUAGAUUGACUGAGUGAAUUUGGGUUUACAGUGUGCAAGGUCAGAACAUUGUAUUUCAUCAUCAGAUCAUGUGUCCAGUUUAUGUAUGCCUUAAUGGUCAAUUUCUUGAACACUCAUGUUCUACUGUGCACAUGGACAUGAUAAAAGAAUGAAUGUUGAAUGAGUGGAUUUUUUAAAAGGAUGAAUGUUAUCCAUACCAAAUGAAAGAUUCCUUUUAUGUGUUAUUGCAAAUAGCUGCAGA